GGUGUGCGGUGUACAACCGCGGAAGCUGAUGUUAGUUCCCGGUCCGGCGCAGACAUGCAUUCCGCCGGCAAGUCGUGGCUCCUGCUGACGGGCUUCGUCCUGUUUUACGUCAUCUACCUGCUGCUCGGGGCGCUGGUCUUCUCCAGCCUGGAGCGGCCGGUGGAGGAGAAGCUGAGGAACGACGUGCGGGCGCUCAAGCAAGCCUUCCUGAACCUGAGCUGCGUGGACGCCGCCGCGCUGGAGGAGUUUCUCCUCAAGGUGCUGACGAGCAACGAGUACGGCGUGUCCAUCCUGCGGAACUCGUCCGUCAACUCCAACUGGGACCUGGCGUCGUCCAUGUUCUUCGCCAACACGUUGGUCACCACCGUGGGUUAUGGUCAUACCACCCCUCUCUCUGACACCGGGAAGGCCUUUUCCAUCCUCUACGCCCUGAUAGGAGUCCCGUUCACCAUGCUGGUGCUGACCGCCUGCGUCCAGAGGCUCAUGUACCCGCUGGUUCUUGCACCGGUUGGGCUCUUGCAGCGCUCGGGGUUGGAGACCCGGCAGGCCACCGUGGCCCACUUCGCCCUGCUGGUGGUGGUGGUGGUGCUGGGCUUCUUCGUGGCGCCGGCGGCCGUGUUCAGUGCCGUGGAAGUAUCCUGGUCCUUCCUAGAUGCAAUCUACUUCUGCUUCAUCUCGCUGUGCACCAUCGGACUGGGCGACUACGUCCCGGGGGAGCAGCCCGGGCAGAAGUACAGGCCGGUCUACAAAGUUGCUGUCAUGGUCUACCUAUUUGUGGGUCUGAUGAUGAUGUACCUCCUGCUACGCACCUUCCACAAGAUGGCCGACCUGCACGGCCUGACCAGCUUCCUGCAGCUGCCGCGCUGUGAGGAGGCCGAGGAAGAGGACGACGACAGGGAGCCCAUCGUGGACAGCGGACCCCAAGACAAGUCCUACCACAGGGAGAAAGCUGCCACCAGGCCCCUAGACCCCGGGUCUCAGUCAUCCUACAACACCAUCAACAAAAGCUGAGCUGUGGAGGGUACCGGCUCUACCUCCGACCACCUCUCAGCUUUUGGACUGUCGACAAACCCCACCAACGCUGCUGGCGAGCUGAAUCUUAAAAAGUCUCUCUCGUCGUCUUUUCUUCUCCCCUCUCAUGUCGCCCGCAAACCAAAACCAAGUUGUGGCGUUCCAACGAGGGGAGAAGAUGCGACGAGUGGAGAAGGACAUUUUGAAAUUCAGCCCUUUACAAGAACUUUACUGGCUUGUUUGUUUGUUUAAGAAAGAAAGUGAGUUUGGACCGUCCGGCUGACCAUGGCGUCCCAUCGAGGGUUACGGGUAGAAAAGUUACGGCUUCAUGAGGCAGCGAGUCAGGGUGACGUUCAAAUCAGAGGUUUGGGGGGGGGGGUUUUGGCUAGUGCAUACGACACAGGAAGGGGUUGUGGACAAAACAUGACACCUCCGUGUCUGUUUUGUGUCAGUGUUUCACACCAGAGACCAACUGCAUGAUGAAAAGUUGUCACCUUUUGUGUCUUAAGAGACUCGGUUCGCUGGGUGACGUCUAUGAACGGUAUGUCCAGACUCGAACUCGAAUCCGUUCGGUCAUGAACAGUUGGAGAGCAUUUCAUCCGUUACACUCAUCAUUUUAACCCGGCUAACAAGAUCCGGUGGUUAAAAUCGGAUUCUACGGGAGUAAAAUGUCAGUUAAGAAUCUCAUCAGGCUGCAUUUUUUUCCUCUUCCUCUUUGAAAUCGUCAUCCGUCCUUGUGUCCGAAUCCCACUAGAUGGCUGACUGGGUAGUGUCCACUUGGUUUGCUGUUAACUUGAGACGUGGGGAGCGUCCAGAUGUCCACUCUCAUAAAGCAAUAACACACAUUGUGCUGAAAUGACAAACCGGUUUGCCUCUGGGCCAGUUUCUCAAACAAAGGUCAAGUUCUGGGUUGAGCAUUUCAAAAAAUUGGGGGAAAGUCAAGUGAAAUAUUUUUCUUUAUUUGAUUUAAUGAUAUUUGUGUUAUGGAGUUAACUUUAUUCUUCUGUGUGUAGUUCAACUUUGGAGACCACAGGUGCUACAGAAACGCAUUGUGAGCACAGCCGUCCCCAGGAGCCGGGCUGUCUUCCUUUGUGAUGCUGCCCCCUGGUGGGCAUUUGUAUAUACAGCCAAACCUUCCUCCCCGACAUGGUAAUCACGCAGCACGAGGAAUACAGACUGGAGAAUUGAGAGUAAAAAUGGUCAAAACAGGAGGUGUUUGAUUGUUGAUUGACAGCUUAAAACAAAUUAUUGUUGUCAGUCACCAUCUGUCACGUGUUUGUGUGUAAUGUCUGACACAUCACUGUGUUGUUGGUGUUGAGAAGAAAAACGGUGACAUACCUUGUGGAUUCCCGGCCAGCGAGGGGGGGGGUCAUGGGGAAGACUAUGAAAUGCACUUUAAUUAUUUUACGACACAGUUUCUCAGAAGUGGAGUUUGAACGGGCCAACUGUAUCCCGAUACUGUAUUUGUCUCUGCCAGGCCACGUUGGUCGCUGAAUUUAUUCGAAUAAUUACUUGUGUAUUGGCUCUGAAAAUGACAAUUAAA